GGAUGUCUUGCAGUCAUUAUAAAAACAAAAGAUCCCCUGAGCAUCUCUAGUGCCACAGACCGGAUUGUGUGAAACAUGCCGUCCUGCUUCAGACUCAGCGCAGCAUUGUUGCUGACAGCAACAUGUUUCAUCCUGACAGCAGUUGUUCAUUCUCAAGAGCGAAUGACCACCUGUGAUUCGGACCCUUUGAACGUCCAUCGACUGACCUGUGACGAGGGAGUGAUCAGCGUGGACGAGGCUUUGUACGGUCGCUCCGACUCGAUGGUCUGCUCUGAGGGAAGACCUCCGCAGGAGCUGGCUAACACGCAAUGCGCUCAGCAAGGCACCUUGAGUAGCAUCUCAACAAGAUGCAAUGGCAAAAAAUUAUGUGAAGUGAACACGGCGACUUUCCGCAGUCCUGAUCCCUGUCCUGGCAUCUUCAAAUAUUUGGAGACCAAUUUCACCUGCUUUCCUGCAAUUACUGUGGUGGCGUGCGAAGGCUCUUUGGCACAUCUGUUCUGUGAUGUAGGACAAGUUAUUUUCAUCUACGGUGCUGACUACGGACGCCGCGACCGGACCACAUGCACAUUCGGAAGGCCUGAGGGCCAGAUACAAAAUACACAAUGCCUGCGCCCAAAUGACAUUGUGGCCAACAUGUGCAAUGGGAAAAACAACUGUACGAUCCCAGUCACCAACUGGUGUGUUUGGAGACCCCUGUGGAGGGACCUACAAGUACUUGGAGGUUGCCUACACAUGUGAAUAUCCGAUCAGCCAACCCUCACAUGUUCAUUAACAAACAUGGAUUACCACUUUAUCUUGAUGCAUUUCCAAUAUACAAUCAUAAAUGUAAGUGCAGGUUAUUUGUAGUUAACCAACAUCACUGUGUACUCGUAUCGAAAAUAAAACUUUAAAUGAUGUCCUAAUAAAGACAUUUGGAUGCAUUGA